AUUUUCAUUCUUCAUAAAAUAGUAAACUUCUCAAAGCUAAAAAAAAAAAAGCAACACAAAUUCAUAAUUUCUCCACAAAAAAAAACAGAGAGACAAAAAAAAAAGAAAGAAAUGGCUGAUCAACAACAACAUCAGCAACAACAACCAAUAAUGAAGAAUCUCCACGAAUCAUCACCAUCGACACGGCAGAUAGUGAGAUUCCUAACCGCAGCAACAAUCGGCCUAUCACUCCUGGUGCUCUCAGGACUAACACUAACCGGAACGGUGAUCGGUUUGAUCGUAGCGACACCGUUGAUGGUUCUGUUCAGCCCGGUGUUGGUACCAGCGGUUAUAACGUUGGGGCUUUUGACGAUGGGAUUCCUAUUUUCAGGUGGUUGUGGGGUGGCCGCAGCGACGGCGUUAACAUGGAUUUAUAAGUACGUUACCGGAAAACACCCAGUGGGAGCGGAUAAAGUGGAUUACGCGAGGAUGAGGAUAGCGGAGAAAGCCAAAGAGUUGGGACAUUAUGCGCACUCGCAGCCACAACAAACACACCAAACCACAACAACUACUCAUUAGAGUUUAAUAAUAAUAUGGAUCUAUAUGUUAUAUUAAGUUUUUAUGAUUAUCCUACGUAUGUUUUUUUUUUGCUACUGUUCUUACCUUUUUGAUGAAAUAUAUAAAUCUGAAAUAUUAUU